CGAUGGGUAGCCAUGCUUCGUCCUUUUUGGAAAGAAUCGUCCACGUUUUGGUGUAGCUGUGUCAAGUCGCCUGGCUCACCGCUGUUCAUUGCUACUUUCGCAAUCGAUUACGUCGGCCAGUUAAUAAAACCAUGUCUCACUAUAAGGAAACCGGUAAAGGAGCUCCUGCAGAGGAACUACCAAUCCAUCGUAUUAGAAUUACUCUGACAAGCCGCAAUGUAAAAAGCUUGGAAAAAGUAUGUGCUGAUCUGAUCCGUGGUGCCAAGGACAAGCAGCUUCGUGUCAAGGGACCUGUCCGUAUGCCAACCAAGAUUCUGCGCAUCACCACACGCAAGACCCCUUGUGGUGAAGGCUCGAAGACAUGGGAUAGAUUUCAGAUGCGGAUUCACAAGAGAGUUAUCGACUUGCACAGCCCAUCUGAGAUUGUCAAGCAGAUUACAUCAAUCAGUAUUGAACCCGGCGUAGAAGUUGAAGUCACCAUCGCUGAUGUUUGAAAUGUUAUUUCCAUUGUGAGAUAUUGAUUUUCAAAGACUCAACCAAUAAAAAUCGUAUAAAUUUA